GGCCUACAUGCGCCCUGCUCCCACUCCGCUAACGCCCGGUGCAUGGUCACUACGACUUUUGCGACUCCGCCUAACAAGGCAUCUCUAUUUCAGAUAUGGACACUGGCGACUAUGAUACCAAUACCUUGCUAAUUAAUAAUCUUUCCGCCAUUGCCUUUCGCGUUUACGAACCCGUUGCCGCCAACACAGCUUCUUACACCUUCCAGCCACAGGUCGUCGAAGAUGCCUUGCGCCGCGAUGGCCACCUUGUCCACGUCGAUACAACGAGGCGAUGUAUAUGGUGUUUCUACCUGACCACCAAGGAUGGCUCGUCGUUGGGGCCCGAGGAGAGAGGGCUCACCGCCAAGAUGGAGGUCUGCGGUUACUCGCUAGGCUUGUCUGGAGAAGGCGGCUUUGAACCCAGCAGCUUGUUCAGAAGCAGACAGCUCGGGACAAACUCUCUCAACACUCCAAACAGCUCGUCAUCUGCCGGUUCUGCCCUUGACACAGCAUUUCGGAAUCCGCAGGCCUCUGCCUUUCCCACGGCAGCAGGAGCCAUGCCCGGCGCUCCAGUUAUGGAUAACAAGGGCGCGUCGCAUAUCAUGCCGGACUCGGAUCGCUUCGCCCACGUGCCCAUUAAGGAGAAAUACGACUUCUUCAUCACUGCGACUCUGGCAUCUCUAUCCUCCUCGUUGUGCCACACGAUAGGCGCAAUUCCGCUGGAUCACAGGUCGAUAUUGCUUCCCUCCCAAGCCUACUACUUGGACGAGUUCACCCUGGGCCCGAAGCCACAUACUUCUGCCUUGGGUACUUUUCGCGUGUACCUUACAUCGACCGGGACACUCGUCAUUUCUCUUUCCGUCUCUUUGCUUGAGGGACUGGCAUCGUUUGCCGAGUUGGCGCGGUCUAACAUGCUCCCAUCAAAUCCAGUGGUGCUUGCUGCUCCCCUUGGGGCGUUUGGUUCCAUGAUGAAUCCAGUGGAUGGAGACGUAUAUGGACUUGAUAGCGGGUAUGGCCAAUCGCCAGACACCCAAAUCAGUCGUCUAAGGCCGGAUCCAACCGAUAGGCUCUCACAAUGGAAGGCAACUUGUUGCAAAGUACUCCAAAUGCGUGGUAUCUCACCUUCGCUGAUCAAUGGCUGCUCCUGGUUCAAUGUUCAUUUCCUGCAGCGAAAACCAUACGAACACAGGCAAGACGCCAAGAGAGCUCCUUUGAUGAACCCACCUCAAAUCGCGGCUUGGCCAUCGGUGCUUUGCUUUAGAAAACCAAGGAUCGAGGCUGGAGCUGAUAACCGUUCAUCCAAGGCACUGGUGGCGAGCGCAUCCGAAUCGCUAGACCCGGUAGAUGACGCGAGGCAAUGGUGCCAAGGUUUUCCUGAGCGAGAAGAGACGAUCGCAAAGCGAAAGAAGGAAAAAGACGAGAGGGAGGCGCUAGCAGCCGUGUCUCGCAGUAUUGCUGAUGCUGAUUCAAAGAACAACCAGAUUAGUGCUGCGUCGCCUAUGGCGCUGCGCCGGCCGAGCAACAGCGGGGCCAUAGCCGCUUCCAGCGCAAUGUAUCCGACACCUCCGGACGGAAUUCAACCAUUAGGCAUGGCUUCCUCUGUCGAGACAGGCUUCGCUGCCAGUCCUGCAAAUCAACCCCAGCUUAAUGCGAUGGCUGGCAUAGAUACUGUGAUACAGAACAACGCCCCCCAUGCGGAGAACUUUGGCAAUGGCUGGGAAGGCGGGGACAACAAGCGGGAGCAACAGGCUGGGAAUCUUUUGGAGGGCGACAAUAUGUUCGGCGACCUCGGGGAAGACAUGUUCGAAGGCAACGAGCUUACCGACGCCGAUUUCAACUUCUUCGACGAACAACUCAACGAACAAUCCGAGGGUGUCGAGAUGAAUCUUGGCGCAAUACCAGAGCUGGGAACGGCAAUGGAUUUGUCUGCUGAUACGGGCCAACCAACUAACUCAACUCCCCAGACUAACAACAGAGUGGAAGAAUACAAGACGAAUACGCAGCCAGCGCCGCCAGAAUUCACCAAACCCGAGCUUAAACAUGCACGCAGCACUCUCGCUGAAGGAAGUCGACAGCAAGCAAAUCAAGAGAGCUUCAAUCGUAAUUCCACGAUAGGAAUCAAAAGACAGUCAAGCCCCUUUAACCGAGAGACUGUGUACAAGCGAAUCAAGGCAUCGCUUCGGUCGCCUCCGAAACCUCGAUCUCCUACUACAACGGUUUCUCAGCGACGUAGGAGUGAAUUUGACAAGGUUGAUUUCGACCCUUCACUAUCGCUGGUCAACGAAAAGUACACCGAGAACGGCCCCUUCAAUUACAUGAUUCCGGCCGUACAGGAAAUGCAAAAAGCGCGAUUAGAACUGCAAAAUCCUUUGGUGACGAGAGUCGAAAAACCUCCCAAGGAGCCUCCAACCAACUUUGGGGCUCUUCUAGCGAGGAUAGCUCACGGGAUUGGCGGUAGCUUGACAGGCCGCGACGAACUUCCGUCAGAGACCGAUGACUCUAGUUGGGCGUCCGAUCAAGACGAUUCGAGCGACGCGAGCGACUUCGCACCCUCCCUCGCUAAGUCAGGAAUAUCAAGGCGACGUCUAGACGACGAUGUCCUCUCAACUACUGCUUCUUUCAAAGACCUUGAAAAUGUUGUGGCAGAUACACCAGCAUAUGGGUCGAUUGAUUUGGUUCGGCUGUCUCACCCCGAGGUCCCCGAGUUUUCCAUCGCCAAAUAUUUUGCAGACCCAGAGCCAGCACGGCUUCAGGUCUCUUGUUCUGAUAUGGAUUUUAUUACCAUUGCUCAAAUACUUACCGAGCAAGUGGCGACUGGUUCGCUACAAAUCGCUCCCAAAAUCCUGAGCCGGAAGCCCCAGGAUGUGCGCAAAACUUUGGCCAAAGCAGUGCGGUACUCCAUGCAGGGGUUACGGAAGGCUCUGCCACGGUCACUGGCCGAUGCGGUCGAGUGUUCGCUCAAACCAUACGCAGAUGUGCAAGAUGUGCCUUUGAUAGCACUGGCACAGCCACAACGUAUACAAGCCAAGCCUAUGGGGCCAGAAAUGUCAACUCGAAACAUCUACCCGAUACCAACACCCCAUAUAGAAAUCCGCCGCUAUGAAACUCCCUUUUCGAUGCUGCCAACAGCCAUUAGCUUCUGGGAAAGUUUGGGCCUUAGUCCGGCAAAAGGCGCCAAGGAUAUUGUUUCAGUCUGCGUGUUUCCGAACGUUGACGGCAUACGGGACAGCGCUUCUGCCUUUUUGCAGCGGAUUCGAAGUGUUUACGAAUCCCUGAAGUUAGGGACGUUUGGUAUCCUCCCAACUGUCAUGGAGCUCGAGGAUGGACUGCUAUCAUAUAUGGCGACGCAACAACCGACUGUUCGUGACGAAUGGGCUGUAUCACCAUUUGAUGGGCCCAUGAGCUGCCUCGCAGAUGCACUGACGAGUGUCCAGAUGACGGAAAAGAACUAUGUUGUCUUUUUUGUCUACCCAGAUGAGAAGCCGAGUACGGUCGUGGAAACAUGUGCCGCCUUUCAUGAUCUCUACGAGCGCUACAAGAGGUGUAUGGCAGACAACAGGAAGCCGAUCACGAGUGAGCUAGUCCUUCAGCUGGUUCCGCUUGAUUCCAUUGCUUCGGACACAACUGUGACGGUAAUGUCUCCUUUCGACUACAUCAAGCUGUGUCUUGAAACUUACGAUCGCUGCACGCUCUUUGGCGGGCCUAUGCCAGCGCCUGCCAUCGUCCUCGAGCCGCAGGUCCUGCGAGCGAUUGAUUUCAAGCUCAACACAAACCCAUCCCCGAAUCUCCUCCAGGAAAACUCAUGUAUGCACGUUGCCUACGCGCAAAGCGUGGACGAACGGUGGAUUACUGCCGCUUGGACGGAUUAUCGAGGAACGAGGCAGAUGACCACAUCAUAUUGUCUCGGUAGGCGAGACAGGCCACUGACCAGGUCUAUAACCGAGAUUAUACAGCAAAUAUGGGAGACCACCAUGGACCAUAUUCACUUUGCCCGGGUACACUGGCGGGUAGUUGUCACCAAAUGCAGCCCGAUGGAACAGCAGGAGAUCGAUUACUGGGCUAGCCUGCAACAAUCCGAAACAUAUGCGAACGUCAGCCUGACGCUUCUAACAGUCGACACCAACCCGUCGCUACAACUCAUCCCGCCAGCUCAAAGAAUCCAGAUCCCAUCCGCUGCUCUCUCCUCAAACAGUCCCGCUUCCACACCCCAAGCUUCCGUUCUCUCCCCCGACCAAAGCGGCCUGGGUCCACCAACACCGAUCGGUACCGGCCCCAGUAGCAGCGCUACCGCCGCCAACGACACCAGCAACAAUAACAACAACAACAACACCACUGAAUCCGACGCCGACUCAACCCUCGUCGACCAACUAGACAUGACAUGGGCCGUCAUCGCCGCCCACCGCCUCAACAACUCGACAUCCCUCACCGAACUCAACCAGGCGCUCGCCAGCGGCUAUCUCGUCAAGAGAGGCGGCCCAAAAGUGGAGGACGUGCCGGUAACAAUGGAGGUGAACGUGAUCCAUUGCGAGGGCACCAACAUCCCGCAGCCGCAUCAGUACCCGAGGGUGUACGAGGCCCUGCUCAAGGAGAUGCUGUCGCACUUUCGCGGGCUGGGGACGCUGGCGAGGGCGAGGGGGGUAGUGGAUCGGGAGUCGGAUGUGCGGCCGUGGCAUGUGGCGGCGGCGGAGAAGGCGGUUAGGGCGCUUUAUUUGUUGAUGUGAGGUUGUUGGUUGGUGGAUGGAUGGAUGGAUGGAUGGAUGGGUGGAUGGGCUGGGAAUUGAGGUUGUAUAACAGGAUGACAGGAUGGAUGGAGAGAGAGGCCAUCGUUCAUAGGAUAUGCUUGAGCGUGUUAUAGCUGAGUAAGGAAGGUGUGGCUUGCGAAGGAAUUUUACCAAAGGAUCGAAUGAGCAAGUAUUGGUUGACGAACCGGGGUUCUGUUUGUUGUACAAGGCAUUGAAGCAAAGCAUAUCCACGAUGGCUGGUUGCCGUGGACGGGCGCAAUUCAGGGUUUUUUUUUUCAUGUUCGGUUUAUGGAUAAGGACUUUGUCGAAAUGGUAUGGAGAAGGAUUAGGUAUAUAGCAAGUGCA